GUCUCUUCUUAACAAAACUAAAACCCUAGCUACUUCCUCCUCUCACCUCUUCUCUUAGAACUCUGCGGCGAAAGAUGACGGUUGAAGGAGUGAACCCUAAGGCGUACCCGUUGGCCGAUUCUCAGCUAGCCAUAACAAUCCUCGAUCUUGUUCAACAAGCUACCAACUACAAACAGCUCAAGAAAGGAGCCAAUGAAGCUACCAAGACUUUGAACCGUGGUAUCUCUGAGUUCGUGGUUAUGGCUGCUGACGCUGAGCCUCUCGAGAUCCUUCUUCAUCUUCCUUUACUGGCUGAAGACAAGAAUGUGCCGUAUGUGUUUGUGCCAUCGAAGCAAGCCCUUGGAAGAGCAUGUGGUGUGACAAGACCCGUGAUUGCUUGCUCUGUUACAUCAAACGAUGCUAGCCAGUUGAAAUCUCAGAUUCAGCAGCUUAAGGAUGCUAUUGAGAAACUCCUCAUCUAAGGAUGUGUUGGUGGAGUUAUGAAUGAUGGGUCUUUCUCCAUUUAAUGGAAAAGGCUUUGACUAGUGAAGUGAGUUUGUGAGAGUUUUAUCCGUAUCUGUUUUUGAAGUUUGUAAUGCUUUUUAUUUCAUGUUUGUGUUGGUGCGAAUCUAGUCUUGAACAAGAACAAUUAUUUAUAAAUCGGGUUUCUAAGA